AUUUAUCCAUGGCAGUGCAAAAAUUUUCACAGUCUUUACAAGAUUUCCAGUUUGAGUGUAUUGGAGAUGCCGAAACUGAUGAUGAAAUUAAUAUUGCCCAGUCACUGAAAGAGUUUGCUCGGCUCCUGAUUGCUGUUGAAGAGGAGAGGAGACGACUGAUCCAGAAUGCUAAUGAUGUGCUAAUAGCACCACUGGAGAAAUUUCGUAAAGAGCAAAUAGGAGCAGCAAAAGAUGGGAAGAAGAAGUUUGACAAGGAAAGUGAGAAAUAUUAUUCCAUCCUAGAAAAGCACUUAAAUUUAUCAGCAAAGAAGAAAGAAUCUCAUUUGCAAGAUGCAGAUACACAGAUUGACAGAGAACAUCAAAACUUUUAUGAAGCAUCAUUAGAAUAUGUUUUUAAAAUUCAAGAAGUACAAGAGAAAAAGAAAUUUGAAUUUGUAGAACCUCUCUUGGCCUUUCUUCAAGGAUUAUUUACAUUUUACCAUGAAGGAUAUGAACUGGCUCAGGAGUUUGCACCAUACAAGCAGCAACUACAGUUCAAUUUGCAGAACACUCGGAAUAACUUUGAAAGCACUAGGCAGGAAGUGGAGAGACUCAUGCAGAGAAUGAAAUCAGCCAACCAGGAUUACAGACCCCCAAGUCAGUGGACAAUGGAAGGCUAUCUCUACGUGCAGGAGAAACGACCUCUAGGAUUUACAUGGGUAAAGCAUUACUGCACUUACGAUAAAGGAACAAAAACAUUUACAAUGAGUAUAGCUGAAACAAAAUCUGGUGGAAAAGUGAAUGGUCUUGUCACAAGCUCACCAGAAAUAUUCAAGCUAAAAUCUUGCAUCAGGAGAAAGACAGAUUCAAUUGACAAACGUUUCUGUUUCGAUAUUGAAGUAUUUGAGAGACCUGGAAUCAUCACACUGCAAGCUUUUUCAGAAUCCAACCGAAAACUUUGGCUCGAAGCUAUGGAUGGAAAGGAACCAAUUUACACACUGCCAGCCAUUAUUAGCAAGAAGGAAGAAA